AUGUCCGAAAGGGCAAAAUCAGCUUUAAUAGUAUGGACCUUUGUUCUAAUGAUCGGUUGGCCUACGACCGCAAAACAAGUUUUGCCUAUGUUAUGCACAGAUGAUCUGGAUAGGGAUAGAUUUUAUGCCAAACUUGCUAACAUUUCUCCGAAAAAUGAUAUAGUUGUGAUCGCGGCAGGAAUGUGCAUGAGGAUGCUUCCAUAG